AGCCAGUUUUGGCUCAAGACGUUGCGGUUGCGAUGAUAUGUGAGCUUGUGGCGCUGCUUGCACGCCUACUCGCGCAAUGAAGACGUUUGCCGCGUGCCUCCUCUUGUGUCUCGCCGCGGGCGUGCCUGCGGGAGCCGCAGACGUGUCGCCUAUCGGCAAGGUGCUGGAGAUGAUUGGUGGCCUACAGCAGAAGGUGAUCUCAGAGGGCGAGGCCUCUCACAAGGUCUUCGCUGAAUUCUCCGAGUGGUGCGAAGAUCGAGCCAGGCAGCUCUCCAACAGCAUCAAGACCUCGGAGGGCCAGAUGCAGGAUUUGAAGGCCCGAAUCGAGAAGGACGCCGCCAGUAUGGAGGCCUUCAGCACGAAGAUCGAGGAGCUCGCGACCAGCAUCGCUUCGGACCAGGCCGAGCUCGACGCCGCCACCAAGGUCCGAGAGAAUGAGCGCAAAGACUUCGUCGCGGAGGAGGCGGAACUCAUGCAAGUUGUCGACGCUCUCUCCCGCGCGAUCGCCAUCCUUGAGAGGGAGAUGGAUAAGGCGGGUGGCGCGUCCCUGGUGCAGGUGAAGAGCGCGGGCAGCCUCGCCCAGGCCCUGGCGGCCAUGGUCCAGGCCUCCGUCAUCAGCUCAACGGACGCCAGCAGGCUGACCGGGCUGCUGCAGCAGCAGCGGCAGGCCCAGCAAGCGAACGAGGAUGCUGAUGAUGAGGAUGAUGGUGCCCCCGACGCUAGCGUUUACGAGGGCCAGAGCGGCGGUAUCAUCGACACGUUGCAGGACUUGUUGGACAAGGCCGAGAAGCAGCUGGACGGCCUCCGAAAGGCAGAGACCACGUCGAAAAAUAACUUUGAAAUUUUGGAGCAGUCGCUGAAUGACGCGAUGAAGUUCUCGAGCCAGGACAUGGAGGAGGCCAAGAAAGGCCUCGCUACCUCGACUGGCUCCAAGGCCAAGGCCGAAGGCGACCUCGCGGCAACGAGCAAGGACCUGCAGGCGGACAAGGAGGCGAAGGCGCAACUGCACUCCGACUGCAUGGAGAAGGCGGAAGACUUCGAGGCCGAGACGAAGAGCCGAAGCGAGGAGCUGAAGGCCCUCGCGGAGGCCAAGAAGGUCCUCCAGGACACGACGGCUGGCGCCGCCGACCAGACCUACUCGCUGCUGCAGGUUGCCUCCCAAGGGCGCUCUGGAGGGCGCGCUGAGACCCAGGGGGUCCAGGUCGUCAGGUUCGUGCGCCGCCUUGCCACGGAGCAGAACUCAACCGCUCUUGCGCAGCUUGCCAUGCGAAUGACCUCCGCCAUCCGGGUCGGCUCGAAGACGGGCGACGACAUCUUCGCCAAGGUCAAGAGCCUAAUCUCAGACCUGAUAAAAUCGUUGGAGAUGGAGGCCGCUGCCGACGUCAAGCAUAAGGAGUACUGCGACAGGCAGCUCGGUGACAACGAGGAAAAGGAAGAGGACAAGCAGGACGAGAUCGGCAAGAUGACAAGCAAGAUCGACGAGGCCACCUCAGGGUCGGAGAAGCUGAAAGAGGAGGUGGCCGGGCUCCAGAAGGGGCUCGCAGCGCUGGCCGCAUCCGAGCAGGAGAUGAGCAGGCUCCGCGCGGAGGAGAAGGCGCUGUACGACGGCAACAAGCCAGAGAUGGAGAAGGGCCUGGAGGGCGUGAAGCUGGCGCUGAAGAUCCUGGGUGACUACUACGCCUCCGAGGGCAAGGCCCACUCCUCCGCGGACGGGGCCGGCGCCGGCAUCCUGGGGCUCCUGGAGGUGAUCGAGUCCGACCUCUCGAAGGGCCUCGCCGAGAUGGUCGCCGCCGAGGAGGAGGCGGUGGCAGAGUACGAGUCGGAGAGCAAUGAGAACGCCAUCGAGAAGACGCAGAAGUCGCAGGACGUCAAGUACAAGUCGCAGGAGGCGCUGGACCUCGACAAGGCGGUGGCCGAGGCCAAGGCCGAUCGGUCCGGCGUGCAGAAGGAGCUGGGGGCAGUGCAGUCGGUGCUGAAGAGCCUGCACGACGAGUGCGACGGCAAGGUGGAGCCCUACGAGGAGAUGCAGCGCCGCCGCGCCGCGGAGGUGGCGGGCCUGAAGUCCGCCCUGCACGUGCUGGAGGGCGAGGCCGUGCUGCUCCAGAAGCGCGGUGGCGCCCGCAGGCUGAGGGCGCACGCCGCCGCCUGAGCGGGCCCGCCGGGUGCCCGCGCCCGCGCCCGCGGCCAGCCAGGCCUGCGCGAGGGCCACCAGGGGCAGCGCGAGCCCCGGCAGCGCGAGGGCCUGAUCUCUGCAAGCCGGGCGCCCUCUCGCGGGCUCGGCCGCCGAGCCCGCCCUUUUGGGCCCCAGAGCCAUCAGAAA